AUGAACAUUCGCGGAUGGGGUAGAUCCUUUGGACGUAGACAUGACAGGCUAAUCAGUCGAUGUUUCAGAACCGUAAGUUACAUGUUCAAAACCUUCUUCUCAUUUUUGGUCAUUUUGUAUGGAGUGUUUGCUGUUGAUUCUUUCCAUUUUUGUUCACUGAGCACACGUUCUUUAUGUAUUUUUAGGCAAAUUUUACCCUCCCAUUUGAGUCACAAAUUACCUCCCAACGAUUCGGAAUACGAAAAGGCCUUGGAGAGUGCCAAACAACCUAUUUUUCUUUAUUUGCAUGGCAACGCGUGGGGAAGGACAGCCUUACACAGGGUAGAGUUGUAUAACUUGUUGGCGAAGGCGGACUAUCAGGUAAUAGCAUUCGAUUAUAGAGGCUUCGGCGAUUCGAACGGUAGCCCUUCAGAAGACGGCCUGGUCGCAGAUUCGGCGUUCCUUUACCACUGGAUCAAGGCACGUUCGGGCGACAACGCCAUAUUUAUCUGGGGUCACUCGCUUGGAACGUGCCCCGCAGGGCUGAUCCUCGAAGCGCCGUUUAACAACCUCGUGGAUGUCGUUCGUCAUCACCCUUUCACAAAGAUGUUCUGUUGGUUGCCGUGGUUCAACAACGUAUUCAUUGACCCAAUGAGACGGCUUGGUACGCGGCUGGAAACAGAUAAAUAUGUUCUUUUAUUGCUAAUACAUGCAACUUAG